CAAAGAAAAUUGACAAAAAUCCAAUUCUUACUCUUGUAAAAAAUGCAAAACAAAUAAGUGGGCGAUUCUGCACUUUACCGCACAAGGAAAAGAGCAAUCUGCGAACGAUUACUCAUAUUAUUCGAAAAAUAGAAAACUUUACAAUGGGUAAAGACAAUAGGCGCAUCGCAGCCCCUGAUAACUGUAUGUCACCUAAUGCAUUCAAAAAGUUAAUAAACAUUUCAAACUUGGUAAAUGAAAAAGGACUGCGACAAGAUGAAAGGACCCCUGAUGAGUUGAGAUCUAUGUCACUGAGUAUUGGAAUAACACCAGAAGUCACUGGCUCUGCUUACUUAGAAUGUGGGAACACAAAAAUUAUAUGUUCUGUAAAUGGUCCACGAGAUGCCUUGCAUAAAAGUGAUUCUUCAACAAAGGGUCAGUUGUAUUGUGAAUUCAAAUAUGCAUCAUUUUCCUGCACAGAGAGACAAUCUUAUCAACCAACUGAAGAAGAGCUGGGGAUAUCAAAAUCUAUACAAAAUGCUUUAGAACCUGUAGUAAUGUUGCACAAAUUUCCAAAAGCUCGAUUGGAUAUUUGUAUUUUGGUUUUGGAAAAUGAUGGUGGUGCAAUAAGUGCUUCAAUAACUUGUGCUGGAGCUGCAUUAUCAAAUGCUGGCGUGGAAAUGUAUGACUUUCCAAUUGGCUGUAGUUUAAUACAGUGUGGUUCUCGUGUACUAUUAGAUCCAACUGCAGAAGAAGAGCGUUACAGCAAGUUAAGAGAAGAUUUUGGUAAAAUUACCAUUGCCAUGAUGGCAGCCUAUAAUAGCCAGGUGAUUUAUAUGGAAAGUUAUGGAAAUGUGAAGAAUGAACUAAUGCAUAAGGGUUUGAAAAUUUUACAGACUUCUUGCGAGAACAUUUUAAUAGAUGUCCGUGAAUGUGUAAAACAACAUCUGUUAAACAAAGAAUCUGUAGAUAACAUAACAGCUGAUGAAUUGAAACUUUUCCAACCUCAGAAGUAUAUCACUACUUUUCUGGAAAAUAAUAUACGUCCAGAUGGGAGAAAACUGAUAGAAUUUCGACCUGUUCUUAUAGAUGUUGGUUCUUUUGCAACAGCUAAUGGUUCAGCGCUUGUUCGAUUGAGUGGGACUUCAGUGUUAUGUGGAGUGAAAGUGGAAUUAACUAAUCCUACAAAUAAUGAACCAAAUAAAGGAUUUUUUGUGCCCAAUGUUACAUUAACUUCCAUAUGCUCUAAUCGGUUUACACCCGGGCCACCAUCAGAACAAGCCCAGGUUUAUACUCAAUUGAUUAUGGAUUUAUGGAAAAAUUCAGAUUUUUUGUCACCUGAAAAAUUGUGCAUUCUUGAAGAUAAACUUGCCUGGUGUAUUUUUGCUGAAAUGAUUUGUUUAAGUUAUGAUGGCAACAUAUUAGAUGCUUGUGUUUUAGCAUUGAUAGCUGCACUGAAAAACACAAGGUUGCCUGAAGUUGUGAUAAAUCCUGAUGAUAAUAGUAUUGAAGUAACUAAUAAUACUGUUGCUUUAGAUCUAAGUAGCUAUGUAUUUUCUGUAACUUAUGCUGUUAUCAAAGACAAUGUGAUUGCUGAUCCUUCUUUAGAAGAAGAAACAUUUGAAGAUACUUCAGUAACAAUAUUCUUAAAGGAAGAUAAUACAACUUGUAUCCAUUCUUCCGGAUUUGUGCAAGAUGACUCAUUAAUGCAUUGCAUUAAGUGUGCUAAAGACAGACACUCUGAAAUGAAGUCUUUAAUUGAUGCACUAAAUUAAUUUGUAUAUUUGCUUUUUAAAAUAUAAGUAUUGAGGAAUAAAAUAAAAAUACUCAUUUCUUUUGUAAUUUUCUUACACUAUUGGAAAGAUAGAAAUUUACAAAGCAAUUAUCUGUAAAUUUAUUACUGAUACUACACCCAUUUUGAUAUUUUUUUGAAAUAAUAUACCCAACAUGUAUAAUUAUGCUUAAUAAACUGCAUAGGCAUCUUAUGCCAUGAAUAUACAUUUAAGUAUGCAUUUGUAGUAUUUAAUUUCCUAAAUAAUAUGUUAAAUAAUCUUUAUAUAAAUUGAGUUUGGGGUGGCUAGAAAUUUUGAAGGAUGUCUAAUUUUGAAGCUUAACCUUUUAUAUUUUGAUUAUUUUUAAUGUGGUGAAUGUCCACUAAAAGAUCUUGUGUAUCUCUUAGAGAUGUUCAUAUCCUCAUUAGCCUUGUUUUAGGAACCAUUCUGUAAUGUCAGUUUUGUACAAACUGUCUCCCAUGAGCAUUACUUACAGUCAGUCAUAAGUGGAUACUUUCACUGUUGUGACAAAAAACUGUAGUAUCCAUUAUCAAAUUUCAUUAAAUUUGGUCAGAUAUUUUUUAGGAAUGUAAAAAAGAAAGUAUUUGCUCUCAUAAUUUAACACCAGUGUAUUUAUGACUUCUCUAUAUAUAUAUAUUAAUUUAUUGCUGAAAAUAAGAAUUGGCGGAAAUUUAAAGUAGCUGAAACCUUAGAAAAAUGCUAGGAGUAUAAAUUCUGAUAGUCAACUUUGAAAGCAAUUGAAGUUUUGAUGCAGUGAAUGUAUAAGCAUUUCUUGGGAAUACUUAUUGAUUAACUGAACGGUUUGCAUGGGAAACUAAAAUUCAUAAAAUGUGCUGUUUAAGUUUAAAUUGAGAUGAAGAAUUUUCAUACAUAUUGUAUACAGUGAAGAGCAGAGUAUUGUAGCAGACCACACAGAAAUAAGAAAUUUGUGCAUGUGAUCUCCUUACAAGUCACAAUCUUGGAGCUGUUACGAGUUGCAAGAUGGCAUGCUGUGACAUUGCAGGAACAAUAGCUUGCUCAGCAAUACCACCACUUGACAUGACAAUUUCACGACCAGCGUCAAGAGACUUUAUCAAUCUGCAUUAUUUCUGUCAUCAACGUUUCGUAAUUUCUUGAAGCUGUCGAACCAGUGAUCCUGUAGCUCUUCUGAUAUUGUCUCUGACUGUAACAAAUCAGAUGACAUUAAAACACAACCAAAAAAUAAAAAAGCCAUGACUAAUUCAGUCUACAGAAUGUUCCAGAUAAAGCAAGUACUCCAAUGCUGUGAUGCUCAACUAGAAAGCUGGUAGUAUCUUCAUCACAUGACAAGGACAAUAAUCUUAUCUGUAAAUAACCAUUUCUAUGCAUUCAGUAUUGAUUGUCAGUUGUUGUUAUUGUACUGUUUGUAGAGCUUCUCAUAAAUUUAUAAAAAAUGUG